AUGGAGGCUGGCCAGCAACAGCCCAACACCGGGCCGAUGGAUCAAGGGGCCGGUGUUCUCCCCACCGCAGAAAAGAAAAGAGAAGCUAUUGUAGCAGGACGAGGAGGAGAAGACGAUUUGCCCCCGCAGGCGGCCACUACUUCAACAGCCACCCCUGAGGCGGUUGUAGCACAGCUGCGUGCCGAGCUGGCGGCUGUGGUGGCCGAGCUGGAGGCCUGCAAGCAGGAGCGGGACGACCUCCUGGGGCGGCACCUGCGGCUCAAGGGCAAGUACCGCGCCCUCAAAUACCGCCCUCCCUCCGCCUCCUCUGCUUCUUCUUCUUCUGCCGCUGCCUCUUCUUCCUCCUCCUCCUCCUCCUCCCACCGCCCCACCACCACGACGGCGGCUGCCACCACCUUUGCCUCCUCCUACGCUGCUCCCUCCCGCUUCCCGCCAUCAUCGUCGUCGUCGGCCAUGGCCAUCCAGCGGCAGCAGCACCAGCCGCAACCGUCGUCGUCGGCGCUGUCGACCAGCCUCCUCUACGCCUCGUCGCUGCCCAGUGGUGCCAUGGCCUCUUCAGGUCGAGGUCCCGUCGUCCUCCGGGGCACCGCCACGCCCGUGGACCCCAUGGCCCCGUCCUCCUCCGACAACGGAGCCACUGGCCGCGGUGCCGCUGGUCGCCGCCGCUCUGGUCGAGCACCCCACGCGCCUCCACCGGCCCUGCUCACCCCCGGGCCAGCAGCUGCCGAGGCCCUUCCCGCGCCCACCACCACCACUGCCGCCGCCGGUCCGAGCGAGCCCAAGGAGGUGGCCUCGUCGGCCCCUGCGCCGACGUCGGCGGCUGCCGCCACGAGUGCCCGCGCCAUGGCCGGACCCGCCAGCUCGACAGGGACGGCGACCCGGGGAGCAGGCCGCCGGUUGCUGGCCGGAGUGGGCCUCCUCCUCGAGACCUCGGCCUCUGCCGCCCUAACGGGCGGGUCCGGGUCCGGGUCGUUCCCCGUCGACCAGCAGCAGCAGCCGCCGCCGCCGCCGCGCCCUGCCGAGGGAACCGCAGCCGACUCGUCGUCCUCGUCGUCCGCGCCCGCCGCCGCCUCUGAAGGUGGUCUGCUCAACGGAGCGGGCACCCACCGGGUCCGCAACAACGCGGCCACCUCGGCCGGCUUCGUCAAGGCCAGAAAGCAGCGCAGCGAGGAAAGCGGUACCGCCACCAUCGUCCGCCCGCUCUGCGCCCACGGUCUGCCACCCACUUGGGUGGAAUCUCUCACAUCGCGAGUGGUGGUGGUGGUGGCCACAACAGAAGCGGCGCUCUUCGAGUUCGACGAGUUUGGAGCGUGCGCAGAAGAGGAGACCGGCUCAAGCCCCCGCGCCGCCGGCGCAGAAAGUGAAGACGAUCAGGACGAGGAGGAGGAUGACGAUGAGGAAGUGGAGCAGCAGGAGAGUGCGGGAGUGAGGAGGCAGCGGUACGGGAUAGCCGAAGCGCUGCAGCGAGACGAGAUGGCGAUCUACGCGUCCUCCGUGCCCGUUGCCAUCCCGCGGCGAUGGGUCGAGGAGCGGGAGGACAAGAAGACCCCCCACCACCAGGCUGCCGCCGCUGCCGAGGAGCAGGCCCAGGCGGGCCUUCCGCCGGCUGAGCCCCCUCAUUCAGCCAGCCCCGACGAAGAGGACGAUGACACGUUCGUGGCGCCCCACAUCUACUCCCUGCGCACGACGUCCGUGCUCGAGGAUGUCCCGCGUUCCAUCAGCUACCGGCCCUACUGGAACGACCACGCCGGCCAAUAG